UUGAACAACAUCGUGAAAAACUCCGAAAGCAAAAGAGUUAAAUAGUAAAAUGUUAUCUUGUACAUUCUUUCUUUUGUACUCUCAUUUUGAUGGAUUCAAUCUCAAACAUUCAAAGCUUAAAUUCUCAGGUUCCGUGUUCGUUGUCUUCCCCAUCAUGCCCUUCUGAGCUUCCUGAUGUUGGAAAUUGGUUCUCGAGCUAUGAUUAUCGAUCACCCGAUCCGGAUUCGAAUUUUAAUCUCGAAGAUUCGGAUUUCAGAAUACGUGAAUCGCAGCGUGAUGGAUUUGAUAAGGUUAGGGUUCAAGAUGAAGGGGUUGUUAGAAAGAAGAUAGUGCAAUGUAAUGGAACUUGUGUUAAAGUUGAUAAUCAUAGUGAAGAUCCAUGCUUGACCAAGAAUCUGGAUCCUUGUGGUUCAUGCUCACUCUUCUCUGAGCCUCCAGAUAUCAAAAACUGGUUCUCAAGCUAUAUUUAUGAGUCUUCAGUGGUUGAUACAAGUAGUCUUUUAAGCAGUGAAGAAGUUUCUGACAGAAAUAAGUGUGUCGGCGAGAGGUUUGAUUUUGAAGUCAUAAAUAAAGAUGAAGGGAGAUAUGGGAAUGUUCAUUCGAAAGUUUGUGUUGAAUACAAUAACUCUUUUGAGAAAAACAUGGAGGGUGAUGGUAGUGCUGGAAUGAAGAAAAAAUUAACUAUUGCCAAAACUUUGGAUUCGGAAAAGAUCUUGCAGCCAUGCAUACAAGAUAAGGCUCUGCAACAUAGUCUUGGUUCAACCAAGCAUAAGGAGACAGUGAACCGGAAUCAUGAAACUCCUGGUUGUAAUGGAGAAGCAUAUUCAAUGUCAUUGGAUGUGGAUCCAAGCGCGAUGAGACCUCGGAAGCUGGUACAAAAGCAUGAUACUGAACAAGUGAAUUUGAAAGCUGAAAUCCAAGAGCCUGACAUUAGCUCAAGUUUAGCUAAAAGCCUCUCGACAAGAAGCUCAACUUGUACAAGACAUAAUGAAACUGAUGGUUUUGUUUCAACGAGGAAGAAAAGUUGCACCAGACCAAAUGAUGAAAACUCUUGGAAGAAACCAGAAAAGACAUCAUUGCAGUGUUCAACAAGUACAGGAACAGUUUCCUUGGCAUGUGAAAAGAAUAAUGUAGCAAAGAGAAAGGCAUUGACAGAAGCAACAAAUCUUCAACAUUCCAAUGCCAUGGAGAUUACAGGGAAAUGGCAAUGCCCACAGAAACUUAAACCGAAUCAUGGGCCUCCUUUGAAGCAACUUAGGCUUGAAAGAUGGGUUCAUAGGGUUGAAAAGAUCUCACCUCAUUGACAAAGUUGGUUCAUUUCCAAAAUGGUCUAGCAUAUUGGUUGUCCAUGAAAUUUGUAGUAUUACAGCAUUAAGGAAAACAAAAUUGCUAAAACAUUAGGAGUGUAUUUGACAAA